AUGGUUAUAGCUGAUGACGAAAGGUUAAUAGUUGCACCACUUUUUGUCAUUGAAUUUCUUCAUCGUAUAAUGGACGUAUUUGAAGAUUAUUUUGGUGAAUGUACAGAAACAUCACUCAAAGAUAAUUAUGUUAUUGUUUAUGAACUCUUGGAUGAAAUGCUUGAUUCUGGUUUACCAUUAGCAACAGAAACGAAUAUAUUAAAAGAACUUAUUAAACCACCAAAUAUAUUUCGUAAAGUUGCAAAUCUUGUUACUGGAGAUAAUACAAACAUUAGUAACACACUUCCAUCUAGUCAGUUAUCAAAUAUUCCAUGGCGUCGUAUGGGUGUUAAAUAUACAAAUAAUGAAGCUUAUUUUGAUUUAAUUGAAGAAAUAGAUGCUAUUAUUGAUCGUAAUGGAGCUACAAUAAUGUGUGAAAUUCAAGGAUAUAUUGAUUGUUGUGUUAAAUUAAGUGGUAUGCCUGAUUUAACAUUAUCAUUUGUUAAUCCGCGAUUAUUGGAUGAUGUUAGUUUUCAUCCAUGUGUAAGAUUAAAAAAAUGGGAGAGUGAACGUGUCCUUUCAUUCAUUCCACCUGAUGGAAAUUUUCGUUUAAUUUCAUAUCAUAUUGGUUCACAAAAUACAAUAUCUAUUCCAAUUUAUGUUAAACACAAUAUUCAAUUUCGUGAAGGUAGUAGUGGCCGAUUCGAAUUAACUGUUGGACCAAAACAAACAAUGGGAAAAACUCUUGAAGCUGUUGUUAUUGAAUGUACAAUGCCAAAAAGUGUAUUAAAUUGUACUUUAACUCCCACACAAGGCAAAUCUACAUUUGAUCCUGUGAAGAAAAUUCUUGUUUGGGAUAUAGGUAAAAUUGAAAGUAAUGCUCAAAGUGCUGCACGUUUACCAUCAUUACGUGGAAAUAUUGUUUUAUCAACCGGUCAACCAAUACCAGAAUCUAAUCCAAUAUUAAAUGUACGGUUUACAUUAAAUCAAAUAGCUAUAUCAGGCAUACGUGUACAACGUGUUGAUAUGCAUGGAGAAAAAUAUAAACCAUUUAAAGGUGUUAAAUAUAUAACAACAGUUGGAAAAGGCCGAUUUCAAAUUCGAACAUAA